AUGACGGACGCACCAUACCUCGAGCAGCCCGAGCUGCACACCAAGGCACCGUUCAGAUCGGCGAUCCUCACGUACCCAGGAAACUUCCGCGAGGCUUUGCGUCAAGCUGAGGAUCCAUCCAAGGUUCUGUUUGGCGUCGCUCAGGGAAUCCCAAGUGUGUUCGUCACCAAGAUCCUCGCAUCCACCAAGCCAGACUUUAUCUGGUUCGACGUCGAGCAUGCAAUGUUCGAUAGACUGUCGCUCUACGACGCGGUCCAAGCCGCUCAACACCACUCUGAAGGAAAAUCCAUGGUCAUCGUCCGAGUCCCCGCGAAAGAUUUGACCGUCCUGUCGACGGCCCUCGACGCUGGCGCAGCAGGAAUCGUGAUCCCCCACUGCGAGAGCGCCGCGGAAGUAAAAGCCAUGCUGGAUGAAAUCUACUACCCACCCAUCGGCAAGCGCUCAUUCAGCCCCUGGACUUUCACGCCCGGAAUCUCAGAUCAAUCUCUCUACCAAGGCGACUCCUUCAACAUGGGGACUUCCAACCGCCACAUCGUCGUUAUUGCGCAGAUCGAAAGCGUAAAAGGCGCCGAGAACGUAGAGGAGAUUGCGGCCCUGGAAGGCAUCGGCGCGCUCAUGUUCGGCCCUGGUGAUUUCAUGGCCGAUGCCGGACUUCCGAUCAAGAUGGGUGGCGAGCCUCAUCCGAUCUUUGCGGCGGCGAUGGGCAAGUUCGUUGCUGCGGGCCAGAAGUUCAACAAGCCCCUGUUCGGCGCUGCGAUGGUUUCGGAGAUGGUUCCCAUGAUGCUGAAACAGGGAUACCGGGCGAUUGCCGUGGCCUUUGACAUGUGGGGUCUGGCCAACGUUGUCCAUGGCGGCCUUGUGAAAGCGAGAGGAUAUGCGAAGGAGGCGGGCGAGGAGAGGGAGAGGGAGAGGGAGAGGGAGAAGGAGAAAGGUGUUGUUAGGCUGAUCAACGGCCAUGGCAAUGAUCCAUAG